AUGAACUGCGCCGCAUUGGCCGCUUCAUUGGAGAAAGCUCUGGCACGUGUGCUCCCACAAGUGGCUUCAGAUAGAGCCACUACAGGGGUACCAUUUUCUGCUGAGGAUUUGGAGGCUUCUGAUUCCUCCAGAAACAAGCAAACGUGCCCACAGAAGCGUUAUUGGAAAGGGGACACCCGGAACACUGUGUCCACUAUGCCUUAA